CGGUUGGUGUUCCAGAUUUAGGUGUGGCACCUCGUGACACAACCAGUUUCCGAGGGCUGCUGCUCUAUCGUUGGCGGGUUCCGUAACGGCCGCUGACCUCGCUAGUUGAGCGGGAGUCGGUAUUGUGUCUCGUGGGUGUUCUUCGGCAUAUUCAUUGUCUUCGGUCGGCCCCCGAGUCUCCGGUGAGUAGCUCGAUGAUGCCCCAACGUGGGCUGGGCUCGCCGUGGAACCGCAACUGUUGGGUGGAUUGAGCCUCAGAGACCCGGGACAGCCCGCCGCCCCCCUCGGAAAGCUAAAUACACGGUGGGGUCAGUGGUGUUAGUUCAAAUUCUUAAAUACAGGGCGUCGAGGCGGCAGAGGCGCUGCCCGCAGUGGGCUUCGUGAUUGCCCGUAAGAGAAGGAAGGGUCGAAUGUUAAAGUCUAACGCAGGGAUGUCAUGGCUUCUAGAACAGCAAUCACAAUGCUGGACACUGAUAACGUGCUGAAGUUCUUUGGUGAGAAACUCAAUGGCAUUAUUGAAAGUUUCAAAGAAAAUGAAAUAUGGUUGAAUGAGAUCCAGGAGGAAGCUAUGAUGAUGUUUGUCAGUGGUUUUAAUGCAGAGCCCGAAUUGAUGCCAAAAACUCCUUCAGAGAGGAAACGGCGUAGGAGAUGCCCAUCGAUGGCCCAGGAUCCAAAUAAAAGGUUUUCAAGAAGCAGAAGGAGUUUAAGACGUUCUUCAGUUAAGCGGAUAAAACUGAGGAACAGGGUCUUCGAGGAAGAUGACAAGUGCUCUAAAAUGGUUGGGCAGACAGAGCCUGCAGGCUUGACUCGAUCAGCAUCAUGUGCUGCAACAACGCUCAGUCGAGAACCUGAGAAGGCUAUAAUGCUCCCUGUUGUUCCUAUAAAUAGCAGAGCUCCGAUGAUUGACCUGUCGCCCAAUGGUUGCAAAAGUGCAGAAUUGCAUGAGAAGGCUCAAGAGGCUUGCAUGGGGCAACCUGUGCAGAUUUCUGAAUUUGUGAACUUGCCCCAGAAAACAGGCAAUAAUUCUAUUGAGAAAACCAAAGAAAACUUGAACAAUGAAUGUGUUGAAGCAAUUUCAUUUGCACUCGAACCCAAGCAACCUGAAGAGGAGCUGCCAGCUGCAUUGGCUUCUGAAGAAGUUUGUAGGAACUCUCAAAAUCCAACAAAAGUUUCCAUCAGCUGUUCAGAGAAUAUGACUGUUGCUGCAAUUAAACCACAAGCCUGCAAAACCUCAAGAAAUCAAAGGAAAGAUAAUAUUAAUUCUGAUAAAGUCAACUCUGCCAACCGGACUGAUGGGUGUAAGAAUAGUUGCAAACAAGGAGUGGAAGGUGAACCUAGUGAUCCUGGGGUAUUAAGCAGUGAGGACCUUUUAUUGAAAGGGCCUGCUUCACCAUCUGCCAGUAAGGUGGUUCAGUCGAAGCACACAAAAUUUUUUCAUGCAGUUCAGAACAAUCAGUUAUUCAAAACUCCUGUUUCUGUUGGCCGUUCAAUGGUGAAGUCCUUUAUUUUGCGCAAGACUCCAGUGAAAGUUGAUGCCAAGGAGAUGGUCCAUAAGGCAAACCUUAAAAAACAAGAGCAAGAAGGAAAAAGAAUACAGAAACCAGAGGAAGAGAAAAAACACAAAUUGGGAGAGUUUAAAAAAAAACAAGAGCUACGGCUGAAACAUGUUUUAGAAGCUCGUACCAGAGUUGAGCAGCAAGAGGGGAAAAAGAAAAAGAAAAUUGAACAAAAGCAUUUGCAAACUGAUAAUAAAAAGUUGCGCAAGGAGAAAUUGUCUGAAGAGAGGGCAAAAAAACUAACUCUUAAGAAGACAGAGGGAGAGUCUCAAAAGUGCCAAGAGGAAGACAGACAACGGAGAUUACUGCAGACGGAAGAACAACAGCAGGAUCUACAGCGCAAGGAGGAGGGAGAGCUACAGCGGCAAUGUAAACCGGCGGAAGCCAAGGAGCUUCAAGAGCUUGAGAGACCUGAGCUGAACAGAGAACAGCAUGAUCUACAUUGGAUUGCAGACAAGGAGUGUGAAGGAAAGCAGCAAGAUAACUUGCUGGUGGAGAAGGAACAGGGAUGCCUGGCAAAAGAGUCCCUCCAUUUACAGAAAAAGCAGGAGCAGACAAUGUGGAAGGAAGCUCAACCAGUGAAGGAAAAGCUUUCUAAGGGAGUACAAGAGAAAGUCACAUCACAGGAAGAACAGCAAAUAGGAGAGCCAGAAAGUUGGAGUUUAAAGAGUGAGAAGACUCAGAGGACACAGUUGGAACAUAAUCAACAAGCUGAAGAGAGUAAGCUUGAAAGUUGGGUAAUAAAGUUGAAGAAACAAGAUGGAGAAGCCAUGAAAAUUGUAUCCAACAAUAAUGUACUGAAUAAAACUAUGGAAGUACAUCACCCUGCAGAACUGGAAUCUUACAGCAUGACUCCUGGUAGCUACUCCAAAGUAAAGUUGCCCAAAAUAAAUCUUCAGAACUAUGGAAUGGACUUGAACAGUGACGACUCAACAGAUGAUGAGGAGAUGCCUCGCAAACCAAUCCCAUCUUGGGCUGAUGGUAAAGAACUACAGCAGGCACUGUUAGAACAGUAUUAUCAUCCACUUAACUUGGACGAACUCUUCAGUGUCAUCAAACCCCCCAACCUUGAAGCCAUCUUUGGCAAAAGGAAGCCUCGUUACCUGAAACGCACAAGUUCUGCAGUGUGGCAUUCACCACCUGGAUCAACCGGCUUUCAGAAUAUAUCGCGUGGUUUUGUUAAACACUGAAAUGUAUCUAUUCUGUUUCACAAUAACUUUUUAAGUACUGUAAGAAGUGAACAAUUCCUGGUCUGCUUUCACCUUUUCUGUAUCGUCUAUUUAAUUGUACCUGUUUGGAAAAAUGUGGGCUAAGCAACCAGUGCAAGUUUCUUAAUCUAAUUUUAUUUAAUUUGCUGAAAGAAUUUUGCAUUUUAAGUUUGCAAAUUUUAUGUUAAGAUCACUUUCUAUUGAUUUGUUUAUUUGGAUGCAAAUUCUUUGCCUUUUAUCAGGGUAGUGUACAAACAUUUUAAUUGUGUUGGGACUGUGUCCAUAAGCAAAAUUUCCUAAUUUGGCAUAAUUGAUAAACUCUGUAUCCAGUACAUUUUAAGAGUAAUGGGGUGGUUGGGUAUGGAAACUCGAUGGGUGUUUCUCUAUAGUUGAAUUGGAAGAGCAUGCAAGGAGCUUUUUCUAUCAAUCCAGUUGUCUACUUCUCACUGCUGCUGAAAUGGGCUGGCAUUCAAUUUCCAGCAUGUCUGUCCCACAAGGAAUACUCCAAUGGCGCCUGGAGUUUCCAUGGAACUAAUUUGUCUUGAAGAAAAUUCCUCCAGACUACCACUGUUUUCCAUGCCCCUGUUCUAGAAAAUCACCAAUCAUGUUAGAAAUAAACAAUCGUUUGAAUUGAGUGCAUACAAAGUUCACUUCCUCCCCUGUGCUAUGUUAAACAUAACCCUUGCUGGGAUUUGUUAAAUGUUGAUGUGAUUUGGAGGCCUCGGGAUUAGAGGAAUGAAAUAGUUUUCUCAUGGAAGGUGUGUAUGAAAACAAGAGGGAAGGUUAAGCAAGUCUUAUUUAUUCUUCCUCCCCGCUAACAGCUUGCUGAUAUCUUGUUACUUGGACUCAGAUGUGCAUGAUGGACACUUGGCAGAUUUCCCUUGGAACUGCGUGCUUUGUUUGGUGGGGGAGGGCAGAGAAGAAAUUGGAAACAAAAACUUAUUUGUGUUUCCAGUACUGCAUUGUAAUAAUGUGAUCAUUUCAUAUUAUGAAAUAUUAAUUAUUUCAAAUGCACAGUCAGUUGUAUUGAACCCUGCUUUAUAUUGUGGAAGUGUUUUUGUAAAUAUCCCACAGUCCACAUAAUGAGGAAAGUGCUUGUUUAAUAAAGCUUUGGUGAUAGUAAACCUUUUUUUUUGGUUUGAAACUGCUCAAUGCCAUAAAUCACUUUACUCCUACUCAAGACAUUUUUUUAAUGUAUAACUAAAUUGCAAUAUUCUUUAGAACCAAUUGACCAACAGAUUUUGUUUUGUGUAACACUGCUUGGCCAAGGAUUGGUGAACAGCCAUUCAUCCACGUUUCAUUGAGAUUGAUAGUUUUUAAAAUGAAGAGCCUAUGUGAAAUUUUAAGUUUGAAAUCAAAAUUGUUUGCCGAUGAUGGAAUCUGGAGCAAAAAAUCUGCUGGAGGAACUGGAGUUUAGGCAGCAUCUGUGGAGGGAAGUGCUUCAGGAAGGAGGGUUGCUGAUAUGAUGGAGGGAGAGGUGAAGUAGGUCAAUUGAAGGGUGAUGGACAGAUGCAGCAGCUGGGGUGGAGGUGGAAGUCAGGCACUGAGGCUAAUGGGUGGAAAAGGAAGGCAAAAAGAACCUGCACAAGAGGGUGAAGAUGGAGGCAAAGGCUAGAAGGUGCUGAGUGGAAGUAUAAAAGCUGAACUUUUAAGUAAGGAGACAGAAUUGCAUGUGGGGGCUGAUGGGGAGUCUUCCUCUACCUUCACCUCUCCUAUCCUACUUGGCUCAUCCUUCCUUAUCCCUGUCCAUUUCCACCUAUUAUUCCCAGCUUCUUCCAGCUCCACCCCUUCCCCUCUACCAGCUAGCUCCAUCCUUCACUCAAUCUAGUUCCAUUAUUACUUACCAGUCCCUAUCUCAUUUAUCCUCUUACUUCUACGGUGGCUAUUCUUCCUGCAAGCUCUCAGACCUGAUGCAGGGUCUUGACCAGAAAGGACUUUGGCUUAUUGAGUGGGAAGGGCCUGUUAUAAUGCUGUAUCUUUUUUAAAAAUCUGGUUCCUGACCACAGAUUCCUACCCUUUCCCCAGGAAGUGUUUAAAACGGAACCAAACAGAUUAUAUAUUUAGCCAUCUAUCUGACUCUGACAUGAGUUUCUAAAGUUUUGUCAACAUCAUAACUGAUUGCCCUUUAUUCUCAUCUCUAUCAAGUGCCCACCUCCACUCAGUCUCAAUACACCUCCUGAAGCUUUCAUCUGUGUUUUUGCUGAUCCAUUUCUUGAUUGAUCUAAUGUACUCCUUUUUAUCCUUGCAUGCAAUCUACUGGUUGUGGUGAACUAUGUGCCUGUCUGGACACGCCCCCUGCUGACUGCUCCUGUGGCUCCUCCCACAGGCCCCUGGAUAAAGGUGAUUGAGGCCUGAGCCCGGCCCUCAGUCUCCAGGAUGUAGUAUGGUGGUCACUCACUUCUGGUUCCUUCUUCCAGUCAAUAAAAGCCGAUAUCUCG